CAGUACACCAAUGUCAAACGUUCGUGCCCAUUAUUCAAUUUUCACGGCAGAAAGCACCAGUUAUCACCUCGAUAACCUAAUAGCGAUUCAGAGUUAUCACAAUGGCCAGCGAACAUGUCCUCAUUGGCGCCGCCGCGAAGAUCCCAGUUGGCCCAUCCUCUCCUAUCACUGUAUACACUCCCUUAAUCAUUCCCAGCCCUGGCCGGCCGGUAGAGCUGCAACUGCGUGUGACAGCGCCCGUUACUGGGGAUGCACUGCCGAUUGUUCUCCUAUCACAUGGACAUGGACCCAGUAAUUGGCUGUCUUCUCUCAAUGGCUAUGCUCCUCUUGCAGAAUUCUAUGCCAAGCACGGCUUCGUGGUCAUUCAGCCAACUCACCUAUCCUCAACGACACUCGGCCUGCAAGGCAUACCGGGCGAUGAGAUGUACUGGCAGUCGCGAUCAGAGGAUAUGACUCGAAUUUUAGAUCAGCUUGAUCAUAUUGAAUCAACUGUACCUGGCCUGAAAGGACGUGUUGACAGAAGCAAGGUCGCGGGCGUAGGCCAUUCCUUCGGUGGCUUCACCAUGAGUCUCCUUCUAGGUGCAACCAAUACAGACCCUCGCGAUGGGACCGUGUCUCGUCCUUUCGAGCAGCGGAUCCAAGCUGGCGUGCUAUUCGGCAACACUGGGAAUGGCGGCGCUGAUUUGUCCGAGGAUGGACGCAAGAUAGUUCCGUUUUACGGCCUCGACUUCAGCACAAUGCACACACCUACGUUGACUAUCGGGGGCGAGGACGAUGUCAGCCCCUAUCUGACAGUUCGUGGAGCUGACUGGCAUUGGGAUUCCUACACGCACGGCCCUGGUUUUAAGGAUCUGCUGCGGGUGAAAGGAGGUCAUCAUGGAUUUGGUGGUAUAUGCGGAUGGGAUGCGAAGGGCACCGAGGAUGAAAGCCCAGAAAUGCUCAGCAUGGUCCAGAGAAUGUCUUUGGCCUAUAUGAAGAGUCAACUUUAUGAAGGAGAUAAGUCGUGGGAACAGGCGUGUAAGGCACUAUCUGGGCUAGAGGCGCUCGGAUCUAUUGAAAGCAAGCCCUUGGUGGAAUAGAUAAGAAUCCAUGGGCAUGGCGCUCAAAGUGCCAACUCCUCUCAUAUCCGGCCAUAGAACAUGUCGAAUUCAUGAACUCAUCUUCUGUCCUAAAGCACGAGUAGUACCAUGUCGCUCCAUUGCCGAAUUUGUAGCAUAGGAGUUCGUUGUGAAAGUCGAUGGUGGUGCCUGACCUCACCAAUGUAACUGUAAGGUAGAUACUGAAAUAUGUAGCCGGU